ACAGAGCCAAUCAACAAAUAUCUCUUCUUCUCACCCUUCCUUCUCAGCUCUCUCUGUCUCUCUCUCUCUCUCUCUCUUCCCGUUUAAGUCGAACCAGUUUCUUGGGUUCGCAGCACUUUGGCCUGCCUCACAUGCCAAUCCCCAGUCUCUUCAAAUCUCUAAACUUUUUUAUCUGGGUAUCCAAUAUUUCACCCUCAGAUCACACUUUUGCCCAUUAAAAUCUCCAUUUUUUUUCACUUCGAAUCACUUACUGAGAAAAACGCAUCUCGGUUUUGGUCCUUUCUGACCUUCCUAUGAGUACUUCAAUAGAUUCUGAGUGUUUGGUUUUCUCACAACAGCUGAUUGAAAGAAAUGGUUUAAUAUGAUGGUACACAUGAAGCAAGAAAUGGUUUUGAUGCAUAAAACUUAUAUUGCGUGAAAUAUUCUUUCUGGAGUUUUGAAAUCAUGGGUAGAGGUAGAGGAAAGGGAAAGAGGUUAACUGUCAACAAUCAUGAUGAUCCUGGUAGCGGUGAGGAAGAAAAAAUACCGGCACAAAAGAGAAGGGGAAGGCCUCAAAAGCCAUUAAAAGAUGAGAUUGAUGAAGAAGAAGCUGAAAGAAUAGAGGCAGAUGAUAGUGAGAAUGGAAAGGCCGGUAUCUCAAGCAAGGAGGUAAAAAGCCCCUCUGCGGCAGAGAAUGGUAAGAAGAGGAAGCGGCAAUCACAGGUGAAGGAGAAGUCAGAUUCAGUUAAGGAGGAAAAUGGUAAUGGAACAAGAUCAAGCACCGAUGACUCAACUAAGUCUAAUGGAUUUCGGCAUAAUGGGAGCAGGCGGAAAAACAAGCCUCGUCGAGCAGCUGAAGCUGGUGUUGAAUGCAAGUGAGAGACGAUAACUUGUGCAUCCUUUUCUCAUUGCCAAAAAAGUCACGGGACAGGAAGUGAGGCCUAGUAAAUCUCUAGUUUCUUUUUUCUUUUUCUGCUUAAUUGUUCUUUUGGUAAUUUCGAACAUCAUUCCUUUUUUAUUUGAAUUGUGAAAUUUGGAAUGCAUUCUGCUGGAUGUAGUUUUCCAUGAUGCUAUGAUAUUUUAAAUUUUGACUA